ACCAGUGCCGGAGUAAAAGAAGAUUAUACUUUCUUAAAAUAGCCCGAUACUCAUCUUAGAGUAUAGAGGUCGAACAACCUGCCGAGAACAAUCUCACGCGCUGCUGUUUUUUUUCAACUCUCGGCGCGUCCUGCAUCGCCAAGACACACUUGAUCUUCAAACAACCCCGCGAUAGCCCUCAAGAAUGGAGGAUUCUCCGCAUCACGUUCACUUCGACGAAGCGGUGAUAAAUGAUGAGAUGCACGAAAACUGUCUUAUCUACCAGGUUGCGCCGGACGGAACGUCGCUAACCGUACACCUAGGCUUUCUGCAGAUAAAGCAUCGGUAUCGGAUCGAGCUGAAUGUGCCCGCGCAGCUGCUACGCACUGCGGGCUUCGAUGUCGGGGCCAACAGUGCAUUCGUCGGCCAGGACAUCCAGAUACCGAAUCUCCACUGCAAGCUGGUGGACUUCUGCUCCCAAACAGUAGCGGUGAAGGGCGAGGACAACUUUGUCAUGGUGAUCGAGUUUUUUGCGCACAAAGAAAAGCUGCUCAAAGAACGCCUGCAUUUAUGUGGCAAGGAGGAAACGGCCCGCACGCUCGAGCUGGUUCUGGUGGCCCGUGUGCUGGGCAGAGGCAAAGGUACACCGAUGCUGCGCAACGGAAUCCACUGCAUAGGUGUGGAGAAGGACGAGGAUGAGUCGGAGCUAUCUGAUUGGCAGGGAUUCGCGGCGGCAAAGUAGAUAGCACACAUUACAAUACACAUCUUUCAAUUUGCUCUGCCAUUGUUAGUGUAAUAAAUUUG